CCCAUCCAUCCAUCACACAUCUUCACACCGUCACAACACCAACAACUCGCCCCCCGACCCAACCCGCUUGCACCCAGCCAUCAUGGGCUCGUCAAGCACACUCUCGUCAGACGACAAGAGCAAGGUCAAGAGCGCGGUUCCCACCUCGGGUUCCACCAACAAGAUCAUCACCGUCGCCGUAGCACGUAUUUACACAGCAAAGCCGGGCUCUUCAUCAUGGAAGUACGGCGGGGCCACCGGAGCCCUAGUGUUCCUCGCGGACAAGGCCAAGGGCGGUCUGUGGUUCCGUGUCGUCGACCUCGAGGGCAACCGCGGAGUCGUCUGGGAACACGAGCUACCCAACGAGAUUGAGUACAACCAGGACAAGCCGUGGUUCCACAGCUGGGGCGGAGACGACGCCCAAAUCGCCUUCGUAUUCGCGGCCCAGGACGAGGCCCACGAGUUCUACAAGAAGGUCGCCAACAGAUCCAAGUAUGCGACCAAGGUCAGCAAGGACAAGGAAGCUGGCGGCGGCAAGCAGUCUUGGGGCAAGCGCCUCAAGGGCAAGAUCGACAAGGCGCUCAUCUCUGGGCCGAAGGACGGCUCGUUCAAGCACGUCGCGCACAUGGGCUACGACGCCGAGAAGGGCUUCUCGUCCAGCGGCGUCGACCCAAGCUGGCAGGUGCUGCUCGAACAGCUCAGCAUGAAGGGUAUCAGCAAGAAGGAUAUCGAGAACAAUGAGGACUUCAUCCGCGACUACGUUGCGCAGCAAGGCGGUAUCGACGCGGUCAUUGCGCAAAACAAGGCAGAGGCCGAGGCAGCAGCCAAGCCAGCACGACAGCCUCCUCCACCUCCGACGACUCGCCGCAAGCAGCCACCAGCGCCGCCUGCGUCUCGCCGGACUGUUCACGAGGAGGCCGCCCCUGCCCCGGCGCCGCCCCCUCCACCGCCUGCACCGGCUCGCAACACUCCACCUCCACCACCAGCGCGCAACCAGCCACCACCUCCACCGGCCCAGCGCCAGAGUGCUCCGCCUCCUCCGCCCGCUCCGCCUGCACCUCCCCCUCCCCGUGCCCCUGCGCAGGCAGCUCCUCCUCCCCCGCCUCCUCCACCACCAGCCCCUCCCCGACCGAACGCUGGUGCUCCUCCCCCACCACCACCUCCGCCGCCGCCGGGACCGCGCCAGGGUGGUCCCCCUCCCCCUCCCCCGCCGCCUCCCCCGAGCGGUCACGCCCCUCCUGCCCCUCCCCCUCCUCCUGCUCCUGGUCCUCCCGCCGGUGGAGAUGCCGGCGGCCGCUCGGCACUGCUCGCCUCGAUCCAGGGCCAGGGUGUGCACAAGCUGCGCAAGGUCGACGACAGCGAGAAGCACAUCUCGCCUGCGGCUGCCGGUCUCGCCGGUGCUGCCGUUGGCGGUACCGCGGUCGCUGCGGCUGCGGCUGCUGACAGUGGUGGCGGUGGCGACCUUGCCUCAUCGCUCGCUGCGGCUCUGGCUCGACGCAAGGGUGAUCUUGGAGACUCUGAUGAUGACGAGGAGAGUGACGACGACCCCGAACCGCCCCCAACCCCGCUGCUGGCCUUUUUCCUGCGCUACCCGAACCCGUUCGCGCGGCACGUCCUCAGCGUCGACGUGCUAGAGCGCACCGUCGACCCAGAAACAGGCAGGGUGAAAACGACGCGGUUGAUCCUCAAGCGUGGCCUCGUGCCGGCCUGGGCGAGCAAGUGGCUGCCGUCUGCGGCUGCGUCGGGCGGGCGCGGCCUCGACGCCUGGGUGCUGGAAGAGAGCGUCGUCGACCCCCCGGGCUGGGGAACGGAGACGGCCACCGACGCGUUCCACACCCAGCCGCGGCUGCGCGUGCGCCAGGGCAACCUGAGCUUCAAGAAGUUUAUGCACGUUAUCGAGGGGGGCGAGCUGUGUGCGGGGGCGGACGGCUCGACAUUGCACCAUACCACGGCCGAAGUGCGCUCGCAGUUCGGCGGGCGGUGGUCGUCGAUGAUCAGGAACAAGAUCGAGAGCUACGGCGUGGGCAAGUUUGAGGGCAACACGGAGCUGGCGCGUAAAGGCAUGUCCCUCGUCCUCGGGCUACUACGCUCCCGCCAGCUCGGCGCAGACGGGGGCACCAACCUCGUGUCGGCGUCGACGGCGGCGUCGGGGUCCGGCAGCGCCGACCGGGACGCGUAGCGAGCGAGCGAGCGAGCGUCGUCGCCGACCACGCUGCAUGUCCCCCACCCUCCUCCCCGCCCGCCAGGCAGCGAGCGCUGUAUGCGCAUAUGCACGCCCCGCCACACCCUCAUUAGCACACCAUUCAUUGUAUGCAUGUAUCCCGUCUUGAACA